AUGGACCAGCUGGAUAUCCCUAUCGUGGUGUAUCCGCCGUUCAAGCUGCGGUCCAGUCUGAUUGACAAGGACCCUGUUAUCUGGCAGCACUUGCUGGAGAGUUAUAUCGACCUGUUUCAGAAACUGAUCGUGGUCUCGACCAAGAGGGACGUCAAGCUCAGUUUGAAGAGCCAGCAACAGUUGACCGCAUUCAUGAAGGUGUACCUCUCCGAAACAAGCGAGGAGAGCACCAAGAUAUUCUCUCUCGGGGCAAUUAACCCGGAAAUACUCAAAAACCAGAAACGGCUCAAGGUCGUCGUUUUCCAGUUCAUCAAGAUCUACAACUUGGUCAACCUGAAGCUCGCGGGCGAGUCGGUUUGGGAUUUCUGCAAGGUAUAUUUACGUCUUGCGUACGAGAAUAUGAAUUUGAACCAGUCGCUGAUCAGCGUGGGAAUAGUGCGAGACCUGGUGGAAGGGAGAGUGAAGUCAAAGAUCACGUCUAAAUCCGACGACGUCUCGCUCGUCCAGUCUCUCCAGGACUAUUUGAGGCUGCGUAUCAGCGAUGCCAAAUUCAACCGGAUAGAUCUAGAGACCUUGAGCAUGCUUCUUGGGCAGAAAGUCAAAAGCAGAGGAAACAGCAAGCAGCGCGUCGUGGUGGGGCGUGGACAACAGGACAGUUUCAGCGAGCGGUUUGUCAACUCUCACUGGAUUGGUAUUCUGGAAACGCUGUACAACAGAGGCGACUCGUUGCAUGCUCAGCAAUGUUUUGAGAUUGCGCUCGUCUCGUUUGUCAGUUUGCCAUCUGCCAAGAUAAUAAAUCUCGUGAGAGACCUGGGCGUAGUUGCCAGAGCGCACUUGAUCAAAAGCUAUCCUCUGACGGCGCGCGUAAUUCUCUCGAGCAAGUUCCAGGACAUGAACCCGGACCUGAGAACCAAGCUUUUUGAAAACAAGAGCGCAUUCGACCAGCACAAAAUACAGAGUCUGCUCGACGUGUUUCCGCAGCUCACCGAGGCCCAGUGCAAAACGCUUCUGAAGAAGUACAAAACCGUGGAGGAGGCGAUGAACAAGGUGCUGGAGGGAGAAGAGAUCGAGGAGUACACGGAAAAGAAGAAACCCCGCGUCCAGUUUGGAAAGAAAGACUUCUCGCUGAAGGCGGAUAGCCGGACUCACCGAGAGUUGAAAAAGAAAACGCUUGAGAACGCGCUGCGCAUGCUGUAUGAGUCUGCCGAGGACGAGCCCGAUGAUACGUACAACGACCAGGAUCUCACCAGGGGAGCAGACACUCUGGCCAAAGACGAGGAUUACGAGUCGGACGAGGAGUUUGCGGAGAGUAAGGAAGCAAAUCGCGAAAAAGACCAGUCCAUGGAGUCGCUGAACCUCAAGCUUCUGCAAAUCUACAAGUCCAACCCGGAGGCCUUUGACCGCAGCUCUAGAUACACGAACUACAGAAACCAGCUGAAGAGCGAGCUCAAAUGGACUGACGAGCAGCUGGAAGGCUGGGCGCGCAUGCUUGAGCGCAAUCCGCGGCGGUUCAAGCUGCUGGAAGAGAAAUUGCUCGACGUCGGUGGCUCGUUGAACGGGUCUCUGAGUCGCACAAAGUUCCAGCAGGAGAAGCACCAGGAGAAAGGGGAAAACGGCUCAAAGCCCAGAAAGUCCACCCGGGGCAAUCGCAGCAACCGAAAACUCGGCCAUGACCGCAAAAUGGCCAGACAGUUUAAUUAG